CUUUUUACCUUUGGACCUGCAAACAGAGCGGGAGCCGUCGGCUGGAACAUGUCUGCCUGUGUGCUCUACAGAGAUGUGGAAUGAAAGCGGAUCACUUGGAUAUUCAGGCGUGGAUCAGCCUCCAUGGACAGAGAGGUGUUUUCUCCAGUAACUAAGGGCGCGGUUUGAUGCAAUGGCGAUUGGACACGGCUCUAAGAAAUCAGUUUCCUGUGAGCGCACAGUCACACGGGCGUCUCUGGACAAUGGGGUAGAAACUGGUAAAGGUCCAGAAUCUCCUCCCAUCAGGAAGACCUGCUGCAGCAAGCGUCUCUUGGCCUUCGUCACCGUCCUCAUCCUCGCUGCCACUGGGGCCACGCUGGCCUGGUUCUUCCUGGAUUACAGGGUUUGGGCGUUGGAGCCUCGUGUCCAGCAGCAAUACACGGCCUACGUGUCCAUCCUCAACAGGAACAUCUCUGCUGAGCUGUUACUUCACAACAGCCCUGCAUUCAAGAAGGAGGCCAAGGGAGUUCAGAGGAUGGUGGAAAGGAUCAUGAAGGGGUCAAGUCUUUGGCGCUAUUUUAACUCCACUACUGUGUUUGCCUUCGGGGAGGGAAGUGUUGUAGCUCACUUCUGGCUGGUGAUGUCGGUGCCGAGCAGCCAUGUUGGGAGGGUCACAGUGAAUGAGGUCACCUCCAGCCUGGUGGACGGCCUGAGGGGGGGCGGGGGGGCACAGGGGGAGGCGCUCAGCGUGGAUGGGUACCUCCUCCACGUCCCCUCACUGUUUGUCACUGAAACUGACUCCAAAGUUAUAGAACUUUUGAAAGCUUCCUUUGACUGCCAUCGCUACCAGAAGGUGACCUCCAGCAGCCGUGUGGCUCUUCAAGGCCCCGACACGCAGCAUUCCUGCUGCCUGUGGCACCUCCAUGCCGCGCCCGGCUCCCAGCUGGAGCUCCACAUGGAGUGGCUGCUGGCUGAGUGCCGCGACAGGCUGCUGGUGUACGACUCCCUCACGCCCACGGACACUCGACUCAUCACAUCUGUGUACGGCUGCAGCAGACAUGAGCGGGUGGUGAGCGUUCUUUCAUCAGGAGAGUGGAUGACGGUGGUCUGGAAACAGGGUCUGUACAACUACAAGGACCCCUUCUCUCUGGCGGCUCAGGCCUGGGACCACCGGGACUGUGACGCUACGGUGCAGUUGCGGGCGGCGUCCGGGGUCCAGGGCUCCAUGACGACGCCUUUCUUCCCCAGCUACUACCCCCCCGACACCAACUGCACCUGGAAGUUCACUAUGCCCGGCGCAGGCUUGGGUCUGUCUUUACAGUUUAACGGCUAUGAGCUGAGCAGAGCCGGCUACAACCAGAACUGUGACCAGGGACAGUGGCUCAUCCAGAACCGCAGGCUUUGUGGAACCAGAGGCCUGCAGCCGUACACCGAGCGCAUCUCCCCACUGUCCUCGACAGCCACCGUUGCCAUGACGUCAGCGGUGUCGCUCACAGGUCCCGGCCUUCAGCUCCACUACAGCGUCUUCAACCUGUCCGAUCCGUGUCCAGGCCAGUUUCUGUGCACCGUUAAUGGCCUGUGUGUUCCGGCCUGCGAUGGACUGCAGGACUGUCCCAAUGGACUCGAUGAGAGAAACUGUGUGUGCGUGGCUCAGUACCAGUGUCCAGAGGACAGCCGGUGUGUGGACUACUACAAGCUGUGUGACGAGCACCCAGACUGCCCUGAAGCCAUGGAUGAGAUGAACUGCACCGCAGCGGUGCCGUGCACAGACAUGACGUAUGUUUGUGCCGACGGAUCGUGUCUGAAGAAGCCGAACCCGGAGUGCGACUCGGCCGCCGACUGCCCCGACGCCUCGGACGAGAAGCAGUGCGACUGCGGCCUGCGGCAGUUCUCCAGCCGGAUCGUGGGCGGCGCCGAGGCCUCGGAGGGCGAGUGGCCGUGGCAGGCCAGCCUGCAGGUGCGCGGCAGCCACCUGUGUGGGGGGGCGCUGAUCUCUAGCCAGUGGGUGGUGUCGGCCGCACACUGUUUCUACGACGACCGUCUCUACUCCCCCUCUCUGUGGACCGUCUACCUGGGAAAACUGCUCCUCAGCCGCAGCAGCUCCACGGAGGAGGUGGCGCGAGUCCAGCGGAUCCACCUUCAUCAAUACUACGACGACGAAUCGCACGACUACGACCUGGCGCUGCUCAAGCUGGACCGGCCCGCGUCCGCGGUGCUGGCGGGCCACGCCCGGCCCGCCUGCCUGCCCCCGCCGACCCACCAGCUGGAGCCAGGACUCCUCUGCUGGGUCACCGGCUGGGGGGCCCAGCAAGAAGGAGGCGCCGCCAGCAACGUGCUGCAGAAGGUCGACGUCCGCCUGAUGAGUGAGGAGGCCUGUGUUCGCUCCUACGGCUCCCUGGUCACUCCCAGAAUGCUUUGCGCUGGAUAUCGCAGCGGCAAGAAGGACGCCUGUCAGGGGGACUCCGGGGGCCCGCUGGUGUGUCAGGAGCCGUCGGGGCGCUGGUUUCUGGCCGGCGUCGUGAGCUGGGGCAAAGGCUGCGCGCGUCCAGACUACUACGGCGUGUACACUCGCAUCACCAGACUGUCCGACUGGAUCAAGCAGGUCAUCAGCAGCUCCUGAGGCCUUCACUGUCACUUGGCUGCAGCUUCUCUAUUUACUGUAUGACUUAUAAAGUUAUGCUUGUAUGUUUUAUUGUGGGAAAGAUCAAUUUGUACCAGUGGAUAAUUUAGGUCUGACGGCGAUUUUCGAUUUCUAUUUUCACCAUAAUAAAAUGUUUGCUGGUUUUAAGAUUUA